GGCUGAUUUGCUUAGAUCCAAGCCUGGCCAUCUUCGCCAGCAAGAUCCUAAGGAUCGCUGUCACCUGGUAGCAAAACCAACAACAACCGCGAAAGCUUAGCGCUACUGGGAUAAUCCAAGGGAAGCAGAGGCAAAGGCUUACAGAAGAAAAGAAGAGAAAAUGGCAGGGAAAAAAGUAUUAAUCGUCUAUGCCCACCAAGAGCCUAAAUCAAUGAACGGGUCUUUAAAAACUAUUGCGGUGGAAGAACUGAGUAAGCAAGGCUGCAGUGUCACUGUUUCUGACCUGUAUGAAAUGGAGUUUGAACCACGGACAACAAGAAAGGAUAUAGUUGGCGAUUUAUACAACCCAGAACAGUUUAAUUAUGGAGUCGAGGCCUGGGAAGCUUGCAAAAAUGGGUGUCUAUCUGAAGAUUUGAUUGAGGAGCAGAGGAAAGUAAAAGAAGCCGACUUGGUGAUUUUCCAGUUUCCUUUGUAUUGGUUCAGUGUGCCAGCGAUCAUGAAAGGCUGGCUGGACCGAGUCCUGGUCCAAGGAUUCGCUCAUGAUUUCCCGAAAUGUUUUGAGUCUGGGCUACUCAAGAAUAAACAAGCCUUACUUUCAUUUACCACUGGAGGAGACAAAGAGAUGUAUUCAAAAGGAGGUGUCACUGGGGAUAUCCGUCAUUCUCUGUGGCCCAUGCAGCAUGGAAUAUUGCAUUUCUGCGGCUUCAGCAUCCUUGCUCCGCAGAUCUGCUAUGCGCCAGAGUCUGUGGCAGAGGAGGAGAGAGUUCAGAUGCUGACUUCGUGGGUGAAACGGCUAAGGACCCUCUGGGAAGAGAAACCUAUAGACUGCACUCCUGAGUGGUACUAUAAGUAACAUUUGAGUGGAAGUAUCAGAGAUGCAAGUAUUUUUUCCACUUCCUUUUCUCUUUUUUUGCUUUCCUCUGACUUCAUUAGCGUCCCCACACUUCAUUGCAUGAAAGGAAUAAGCAAAACUGGGUAGAAUCAGAGGCAUGGCCUCAUGUAUAAACCAUUCCCUUUUUUAUGCAAACCCAUUUCCUUGACUUCAAGGCUGUGGCAGAAAAUCAAUUAUUCUGUGCCAGUCAAAGAAAAAACAGUGCAGUUUAGGUUCUGUGCUUCACGCUUGCAGCUUUGUGCCUUCAUGUUUCAGGGAGCUUCUGAUGUUGUGAAUUUGGGGCUGUUUUGCCAAUUCCGCAUGCCAAUAUUCUGAAUUUGGGGUUAUUUUGGUUUUUCAGUUUAGCAUGUGAAAUCGGUACUUUCACAACAUUUUUAAAGUUUUAAAUUGAUCUUUGUAUACUAUGGUUUUACCUGUGAACUGCCCAGAGAGCCUUGGUUGUUGGGCAGUAUAAAUAUGUAUUUAAAUAAAUAAAUAAAUAAAUAAAUAACGUUGCCUCUGUGAAUAAAAUUGAACAAAAUGUUCUCUUCUUGGGACAUUCUUUGUUUGUG